AUGAGACAAUGCAUGACAAGCAAAGAAGAUGUGAGACACCUUUGCCUUUGCGUGCAGCAAGUUCCACCAGUACAUCUAUGGCAGAACUGUUAUCGUAGAGACAAGACCAUAGGUACUUACAAGCAAUCAGUACCAAACCACUGUCACAAGCUCCACUGAGGUUUGAUAGAUUGUUGCUUAGUUUGCCAGACUGUGAUGUUGAGAUUUGCUACAUUACCAGUUAUAAACAAGUCUUUGCAGACACGCUGAACCGGGCAGCUGUGCCAACUGUUGACAGUGAAGCUUAUGAAGAAUGCUAGGAAAUUAACAUGGUCCUGUCCAUAUCAGAGGAGCGGUAUGAAGACUUCCAGAAAGAGGACCAUAGUAGACCCAGAGCUACAAGCAGUCCUAACCAUGAAGAGAGUUAAUGGUUGGCCAGACACAAAGCAGCAACUUGUUAUAGAGGCAAGGCCCUACUGGACAUUCAGUGACAAAGUCGCAACAGCAGAUGGACUCCUCUUCAAAGGAACACGCUUGAUUAUCCCAAAGGUUAUGAGACCUGAAAUUCUUUGCCAGAUCCACAAGAGUCACCUAGGAAUAGCCAAAUGCAGACAAAGAGCCAGUUAGGUACUAUUUUGGCCUGGAAUGUCCCUAGAUGUGGAGCAACAGUCUCCAAUUGUAGCCUGUGUGCAGAUUUUGCCAAGAAACAGCCUAUGGAGCCAUUGAAACCCACUGCACUACCAUCACUUCCUUGGCAGAAGAUAGGAACUGAUCUGUUAGAAUUUUGAGGUGAACACUAUUAACUCUCUGUAUGCCAUCGCAGCAAGCUCCCAGAAGACUACCAAGAUGGAGUCUUUGAGAAGCAGUGUGUUGUAGUAAAAGAGCUGAAAAGGCAAUUUCGAGUUAAUGGGAUCCCAGCAGAAGUGGUAUCAGUUAAUGACCCCCAAUUCAGCAGCAGCGAAUUUCAAGAAUUUGCAAAAGAGUAAGGUUUCAAACAUGUCAUCAAUUUGCCACACUACCCAAAGUCUAACGGAGAGGCGGAGAGAGCCAUUCAGACUGUCAGAAAAUCUAUGGUGAAAGAACAGUGACAAACAUCUGGCCUUGCUAAACUAUUGGAUGACACCACUACCAGGCAUUAAACUGUUGCCAGCACAACUACUGAUGGGACAUCGACUGAGAAAUGAGUUACCAAUGAUGGACAGCUUGAUUCAACUUGCUAAUGUCAACCAAAAGGAUGUUUCCAGGUACCUGAAGAAGACCAAAGAGGAUCAGAAGAAGUACCAUGUCCGACAUGCUAGCAGUGAAAUGAAGGACCUACAGCCCAGACCGAAGGUGCGAGUGCAGCCCUGGACUAAUUCCAGAAAGUGAAAGCCAGUGACGGUAGUCAGACAAAAAACACACCAAGGUUCUAUGUACUUCAAGCAGAAGAUGACAUAAAGUAUCGCUGUAACAGACAGCAGCUACGAGUUUGCCCAGCUCCAGGUUAUGGAAGUUUAAAUGUGGAACUGUAUCUUGAUGACAGUGCACACCAGAAUCUAACCAAGGAUGAGACUGACCAUGCUCAAGCCCCACCAGUGUUGCCUGUAAUUUCACCUCAGGGGCAACACCAUGACCCUGAACCACCAAAGAUGGACAGCUCAGCGCCUUAUGUUACCUGA